AUGGUGUUCUGCUGGGUUUACCUGACUCAUGUUUAUUAUGCUUUUUAGAAGCAGACUUCACAAUCAUAACCUAUGUGUGACUAUUUCAGAAAACUAUAUUCAUGAUACCAACAGUUCCAUGGGCAACAAUACGAGGACACAGACGUAGAAACCUUUCUCAAAGGACAUGCAUCUACGAUGUAUCCUCUCUACAACAGGCAAUAUGAGGGAUUUACAGGGGAUGACAAUGAGAUGAGGGUCAACAUUCAUAGAAGAACAUGUCACAGUUCUUUCAGCUACUCAUCUUUUGAUGAUGAAGAGGAGUUGGAGGAUGAAGAACAGGUGAAGGCAGCUGCGGAGGAGGAGUGUUCCCACAAGAGUGAAGAUGUGUCACGUGUUUCUCCACUACCCAGAACCACCCAGGUGGUAUUUGAGAUCCAGUCGGGAAGGGCUGUGCCUCGCCUCAGGGAGCCCCGCCACCUGUACGGUGUGUCUGGACAUGUGUCCCAAACACUGCCACGCUGGCCUCACGAGUGGGAGGUCAUCCCGGGGGAAAUUCAGCAUAUUGAGUGGGCUCCUCCCUUCCCAGAGCCGCUGUGUGCUCAGAUGAACACCAGCGAGUGGCUGAGACCAGAGUCUGAAGAGGAAGGCACCGUUGUGUAUGACACACAGAGAAAUAAAGAUAACUACUUCCUGGGUUCUCGUGUGGGGGGCCGUCGCUCCUCUCUGACCGCUGCUGCUGUGUCUCUCUCUGGCCCUGAUGACAUCACUCUGCUGUUCGAGGGACGCUUCGAGAGUGGCAACCUGCUGAAAGCAACCAGGGUUGGUGAAUUUGAUUAUGAGCUCUCCCUGCGGACGGACCUGUACACAGAGAAGCACACUCAGUGGUUCUACUUCCGGGUGAGGAACACGAGGGCGGGGGUUCGUUACCGCUUCACCAUCACCAACCUGCUGAAGGUGACCAGUCUGUAUGAAGAGGGGCAGCUGCCUCUGCUCUACUCUGAGGAGGAGGCCCGGAUCCAGGGGGUGGGCUGGCACCGCGUGGGCCAACAGGUCUCCUACCAACGUAACGGACGGCACCACGCCGACCAGCCCUGCUACUCCCUCUCCUGGACCUUUUGCUUCCCUUAUGACCAGGACACCUGUUACCUGGCCCACUGCUUCCCUUACACCUACUCCAACCUGUGGGCCCACCUGUCCAAGAUCGAGCGGGACCCCCACCGCUCGCGGUUCUGUAAGGUGCGGACUCUGUGCCGGUCGCUGGCGGGUAACCUGGUUCCGGUGCUGACGGUGACCAACCCAUCCCACCGUGAGGACAGGAUUCACAAGCCUGCUGUGGUGCUGACCGCCCGGAUACACCCCGGCGAGACCAACAGCUCCUGGGUGAUGAGGGGUAUCCUGAACUUCCUGCUGGGAGACUCUCUGGAUGCGGCGCUACUCCGAGAUGCCUUCGUCUUCAAGCUGGUGCCCAUGCUGAACCCGGACGGGGUUAUAGUAGGAAACUACCGCUGCUCGCUGACCGGACGUGACCUCAACCGCAACUACAAGUCCAUCCUCAGAGACUCCUUCCCUACUGUGUGGGCCACACACACAAUGGUCCAGAGACUGUGUGAGGAGCGUAAGGUGCUGCUGUACUGUGAUCUCCAUGGACACAGCCGUAAACACAACGUCUUCACCUACGGCUGUGAGAACCCCCGGCCCGCUGACAGACACCCUCACGAACGAGUCUUCCCUCUGAUGCUCAGCAAGAAUUGCCCUGACAUGUUCUCGUUCGGGAGCUGUAAGUUCAAGGUACAGCGCAGUAAGGAGGGAACAGGCAGAGUGUCUCUGUGGAGGCUGGGGGUCCUCAACUCCUUCACCCUGGAGACAUCGUUCUGUGGCUCCAACAUCGGUAAGAGGAAGGGGACCCAUUUCAGUACUCAGGACCUAGAGAUGUUGGGGGCUCAGUUCUGUGACACACUACUGGACUACUGUGACCCGGACCGGACAAAGUACAGCGCGUGUUUGAGAGAGCUACAGGAGAUCAUGAGACAGGAGGCAGGUUUGCCAAUAGACAACAAGCCUACAGAUACCUUACUGACCGACCAUGAGGCCAGCACCAGUGGAUCCAACAGCUCCCAGACGGACGGGCCUCCUACUCACCUCCAGGCCUUCAACAAGAUGACGUCCCGUAAGAAGCUGAAGUCCAAGAAGGAGAGGAACAGAUCUCCCCUGGUCAGAGCCAGGGAGAGAGAGGAAAAUGGGGAUAAUGGUGUCAAAAAGACGUUGAAGAAAAGCAAAUAUGUAUUGAAGCCUUUAAAGGCUCCUCCAGCAGUGCCCAGGAGGGAACCUCCAAAAUGGAGGGAGAGACAACUGGUCCCCCCUGAGCCCAGUCCUCCAGAUAAGAAGGCAGUCUAUCCAUGUAUCACCGUCCUCCCUGCGUGUUUCCUCCAGGUAUCUGUCCUAUACCUUGUCUUUGACACAAAGAAGCCGGCCAUGACAUCGAAGUCGGAGUACCUGCAGCACCUGAUGGCUGAUUAUGUGAGGAGCAGGAUGCAGUUGACCCUCAAUGGCUACGACUGGGGUCCUUGCCAGUGCCCCCAGGCCACUCACCUGCCCCACUCACAACUUCCCCGGGACAACAGAGACAGGGAGCGACUGCCCGGCCUGGCUAAUCUGCCUGUAGGAGACAAGUCCAUCAGAAGGCUCUCCCCAGUCCAGUGGAGAGGACCCACAUCCUACACCGCCCCAUCCAGCCUGCAGCUCCCAUCCAACAGAUUCCCUCCACUGCCCCCAGUUCCUGUAAGGGGGUUUGUCUCUGAGCCCAAGGAGCUACCCAGCAUGUCAGCAGGGAUGGAAUGGCUGUAUCUGAGACCACCCUGCUCCAUAUUCACCCACCUGGGGACCGACUCAGACUCAGGAGCCUGUUUCCAAAGCACAUGUCAUUCUGAUCCGGCAAGAAUGACACGCAAAAAGAAGAAGCGGAAAGUAACUGAAGAAAUGAAAAGAAACAGAUCGGUACAUCGUCAACACAACAAGACCACAUCAGGAACCUCAUCGAUUAAUGUGAGCGAAUGUACUGCAUUGUAAUGUAAUACUAUAUACUGAAUCAAUAUUCAUAUUCAGACCGUAUGAAGUUAUUUUAAGUGUUAAAAACAUCACACAAUAAUUACAGUUGAAGUCAGAAUUUUACAUACACUAAAGGUUGGAGUCAAUAAAACUAGUUUUUA